AUGAAUAGUCAAAAAGUCGGUAUUCUUGGAGGUGGUCAGUUGGGCCGUAUGAUGGUGGAAGCUGCAUCCAGACUCAACCUCUCUGUCACCAUUCUUGAUGCCCCUGUGGACGCACCUGCCAAGCAAAUCGAAUCCACUCAAAGCCAUAUCCAAGGCGCCUUCAACGAUGCUGCCAAGAUCACUGAAUUAGCUUCUCAAGUAGAUGUAUUGACCGUAGAGAUCGAACAUGUCAAUGCGGAUGUUUUGGCCCAAAUUGAGCAAGAAGGUCGUGUGCGUGUCUGUCCCUCUGCAUUCACCGUCAAGACCAUUCAAGACAAGUACAACCAAAAGAAGUAUCUGGAAUCCCAUGGUAUUCCUGUUGCCGAGUACCGUGAAAUCAAGGAUGCUGACGCUGUCAAACAAGUGGCCAAGGAAUUCGGUUAUCCAUUGAUGCUCAAAUCCAAGACCAUGGCCUAUGACGGCAAGGGUAACUAUGUGGUGAAAUCUGAGGCUGAUGUGGAGAAGGCAGUUGCUGCUCUUUCCAAGACACCCUUGUAUGCAGAGAAGUGGGCUCCCUUUGUCAAGGAACUCGCUGUCAUGGUGGUACGUCGUGCCAACGGUGAAAUCAGAUCUUAUCCCGUAGUAGAGACCAUUCACAAGAACAGCAUCUGUCAUCUCGUCAUUGCUCCUGCUCAAAUCGACGGCAGUGUCGCUGUCAAGGCUCAAAAGAUUGCUGAAAAUGCCAUCAAAUCCUUCCCUGGCGCUGGUAUCUUUGGUGUCGAGAUGUUUGUCAUGGCUGAUGGUGAGAUUUUAUUGAACGAAAUUGCUCCUCGUCCUCACAACUCGGGCCAUUACACUAUCGAGGCUUGUGAGACGUCUCAAUAUGAGAACCACAUGCGCGCCAUCUUGGAUCUGCCCUUGGGUUCCACUGCCAUGAAGGUACCUGCUUCUAUCAUGGUCAAUAUCUUGGGUGAAAACAGUGAUAUGGAAGCUUGUUACAAGCCUUGUCAAGCUGCUUUGUUGGCAGAUGGUGCUACUAUCCAUUUGUAUGGUAAGAAAGAGUCCAGAGCUGGUCGUAAGAUGGGUCACAUUACCUUGGUGGGUGAGUCGAUGAUGCAAGUGCAAAAGAACUUGAAACCCAUCUUGGAUGAAAUUGAACCUGGUGUAGAGAGACCCUUGACAUUGAGACCUUUGGUGGGUAUGAUUAUGGGUUCUGACAGUGAUCUGCCUGUCAUGAAGGUGGGCGCUCAAAUCCUCAAGGAGUUUGGUAUUCCAUUUGAAUUGUCCAUUGUAUCUGCCCAUCGUACUCCCUUGCGUAUGGUUGACUAUGCUAAAUCUGCUGCUCAACGUGGCUUGAUGGCCAUCAUUGCUGGUGCUGGUGGUGCUGCCCAUUUGCCCGGUAUGGUCGCUGCCAUGACACCUUUGCCUGUGAUUGGUGUGCCUGUCAAGGGCAGCUCUCUGGAUGGUGUUGACUCUCUCUACAGUAUUGUACAAAUGCCUCGUGGUAUCCCUGUUGCCACUGUCGCUGUCAAUAACAGUACCAAUGCUGCCUUGCUUGCUAUUCGUAUCUUGGGUGCUUCUAUUCCCGGCAUUCAAAAACAAAUGGCUGCCUAUAUGGACAAGAUGGAGGGAGAAGUGCUGACCAAGGUCGAGAAACUUGAUCAUGUUGGAUGGGAAAACUAUUAG